AUGUCUGUGCUGCCUGCGGGUUGGGAAGGGUUUAUCGGUGAGGGGAAGCUCCGCAUCGGGAGAAGGGAAGGCAGACAUCUGCGCCAAGCAGCCGACAAGUCCAAGGUUUACCAGGGAGUCCGCGUCAAGGAUACAGUCAAAGAGCUGCUGCAGAAACACCGUGCCCGCGAGGCCAACGGAAAAAAUGGCAAAACGAUCUUAUCCCAGGCGUGUUUGGAUCUGCAACAACUCUCUGCGUCCCUUUAUCCAACUCCUCCUGCUGCAAUCCCUGACGUCAGCGACUUCCAAUUUUCUUAUUCUGCCUCAAAUCCUGUCCACGAGAGCCAGAUGCAGGACCUGAAUUCCUACAACAACAACUUUCACUAUCAGUUUUGGGACGCCAUGUUGCCUGGAAACAGCGGCCCCAGCUCCCAGGUCCAUCCGCACCUUCACCAGCAUCAGCAUCAUCUACAGCUGCAGCACAGUGGACAGAAUUAUCCCUCCUCAGUCCUACCGUCGUGGAACCAUGGAUUGUCAUCGGAUGCAGACUACUAUGGGCCUGGCAUGACUUCUUGCUCACCGGCUGAUUCUCUAAAGCUGUGCAGCCCUGAGGACCACAACAGCUAUUCGCCCCACGAUUCCUUCUCCUCCUCUUCCUCCACCUCUUCGUCAUCAUGCUACGAUUCACCCAGCCGCUUGGAGCCGAGUCUCUGCAGCCCUUACACCCAGCACUUUUCCUCCCAGGACUCUUACAAUGCGGGCCAUUUGUGGACAGCCCAGCAGGAAAGCUUCUCCACCUCUGAAUAUGCACCUUAUUACAAUACAAUGGACUAUGCAUACCCCUGCAUUGAUGAGAGCUACUACAAGAGAGACCUCACAGCUGAAAUAUACAAUGCUUUAUGA